CAGGUAUAGCGUAACCACAACCAAUGCCGUCAAAUUUAAAUUUUAAAUGUCAAAUCUAAUUAUUUCUCAGUUCUCACACAUUUGAUAAAUAACUAAUUAUUGUGCUUAUUAAUUUGUCUAACAUUGCGGUAGAAGAUUAGAUAAGAAAAACGAACAGUCGUCACAUUGUGUAAUUCAUCGACCGCUGCUUGUCGCACGUGCAUUGUAAAUUGAUAACAAAAAACGCAUUCUGUAAGUACAAAAAAUCAAUUUAAAUGGGACUUUUGACUGAAGGCAGCCCGCUCUCGUGGGCCGAGACUAAGAACCAAGCCGAGCAUGUCAGACAACACGGAGUCAUUCAAUUUAUUAAUUUAUACAAACGUCUAAGAGACAGACAGGGUGACAUUUUAAAAUGGGGCGACGAGGUGGAAUACAUUAUCGUUAAAUUUGAUCACGAGAAAAAGACGGCCAAAUUGAGUUUACGUAGUCACGAAAUUCUCGCCAUACUCAACGAGAAAGAGUCGGCCGAUCCGCAAGGUGUUAAGUCGCUGUGGAGGCCCGAGUAUGGCGGUUACAUGAUCGAGGGGACCCCCGGUAAACCUUACGGAGGUCUGUUGGCCCACUUUAAUAUCGUCGAAGCCAACAUGAGGUAUCGAAGGGAGGAGGUAACCCAAUUAUUAAAGCCCGGCGAGGUGAUUUUAUCUAUGACUAAUUUUCCAAGAUUAGGAUGCCGGGAUUUCACCGAUCCAGAGACGACACCUACGCCGAGUGAAGGUGCGACGAGGUCUCUAUUUUUUCCCGAUGAUGCCAUUUUUCCGCACCCCCGCUUUAAGAAUCUAUCACGGAAUAUAAGGGAGCGUAGAGGUGAAAAAGUAUGCGUUAAUUUACCGGUAUAUAGAGAUGUGAACACAGAAAUACCAGUCGACGAUUCGCAUUUACACAGCAAGGCUGCGAAACCCGACCACGUCUACCUAGACGCGAUGGGUUUCGGUAUGGGCUGCUGCUGUCUGCAAUUAACAUUCCAAGCCUGUAACAUUAGAGAGGCGCGGACCCUGUACGAUCAGCUGACACCGUUAUGCCCCAUUAUGCUGGCCCUCACAGCGGCCGCGCCAAUAUAUCGCGGAUUUUUGACGGAAGUCGACUGCCGCUGGAACAUCAUUUCGGGUUCCGUCGAUUGUCGAACCGAAGAAGAGCGAGGAUUGAAACCGUUAAAGGAAAAUAAGUUUGUGAUUAAUAAGUCUCGUUACGACUCGAUUGACUCGUACUUAUCGGAAUCUAGUGAAAAAUAUAAUGACGUUCCUCUAGUUUACGAUAGAGCUAUUUAUGAUAAAUUGAGGGCGAACGACAUCGAUCAUUUGUUGGCCCAACACAUCGCUCACUUAUUUAUACGUGAUACGGUCUCGCUCUUCUCGGAGAGGGUGAACCAAGAUGAUGAGCAGGACACGGAUCACUUUGAGAAUAUUCAAUCGACAAAUUGGCAAACCAUGAGAUUUAAACCGCCGCCUCCGAACUCCACAAUCGGAUGGCGAGUCGAGUUCAGACCUUGCGAAGCGCAAAUUACCGACUUUGAAAACGCGGCGAUCGUCUGCUUCGUCGUUUUACUAACGCGAGUGAUCCUCUCGUAUCAACUCAACUUCAUCAUUCCCAUCAGUAAGGUAGACGAGAACAUGCAAAACGCCCAAAAGCGCGGAGCGUGCUUGAACCAAACGUUUUGGUUCCGUAAAGACAUAACCACGCAAGUCAGCCCGCCCGAGGCGAACGAGUGCUGUAAGAAGGGGUACGUGAAUUGUUGCGACGCAUUCGAGCCGAUGACGAUUAGUCAAAUUAUCAACGGAAAAGCAGGAGAAUUUCCCGGACUAAUACCUUUAAUUAACAAUUACUUAAGCGGAAUGGACGUAGACACGGAUACUCACUGCACAAUUCAGCAAUAUCUCAAAUUUAUACAACAUCGCGCGUCCGGCGAAAUACUGACCACCGCGUCUUGGUUACGAAAGUUUGUCACCUCCCACCCCGAGUACAAGCAAGACUCAAAAGUGACGGAACGCAUCAACUACGACCUCUUGACUACAGUGCACGCGAUACAAAAAGGCGAAAUGUCCUGUCCGGAAUUGUUAGGCCAUACAACGACCUCGAAAACAAAAGAGAAUAUACCUAGCGCCCUCUACAAAAAUUUAUAGUCCGUUCUAAAUCAAUUGUUGCACCAGUUUUUGUGAUAAGUUGUAAGGCCGAAGACACAUAGAUUUCAAAAGACAUGUAUUUAGUAACAGUAUUUUUGUAUGGCUUAUUUAAGUAGCUUUUCUUUUUUUUUAAAUACACCCAUAUGAUCUGA